AUGGUUUCAAUUGCCCAUUUAAGAACUCUCUUCCACCUCGUGCCUACUAAUCAAGUCGCCCAUGAGGCCCUCCUUCAUGCAGACAAUGUGCGCUUUGUAUCCAACUCUAGGGACGGCCGGCCUGGCCUUGAAGUUGGCUAUCAUGUCCCGUCCAUACCAGCGGGCCACAUUAUCACUAGGCUUGGCCGAAAUGCCGAUCUGAUUCUCCACCAAAGCAACCCCACGAACCCCAUGUCUGCGGUUCAUGUCGCUUUUGAAGUGAACCCUGCCACGGAGCUUGUGGUCCUUUCUGUGAGAUCGAAACGGCUCUCGUCAGUUAGGUUCGCCCCGCGCCCUGACGAGGAUGCGAUGGAUAUCACGGAUGAUAUCCCAGGAAGUGAUGAACCUGGGCAAGAGAUCACUGGGGAUGGUGUGAUCCUCUACGGACAGGACUAUAAGAUAUUCAUUGCAGCAUACAGAUUUGAAUUGAUCUGGCGGAUCAAAGGCAUCGACGCUCUGAGAUCGCUUACUGUUCAAGGUUACCAGGAAGCUUUGCGGCUGUUAAAAGAUGUGCGAUCGCGCGACUGCCCAACCGAGCCUGUCGACUCAGAAGUACUAUCAUGGCAUAUGACCAGGCUAGACACCGCAAAGGGUCCCCUCUUUAAGGAUAUAGCGCAUCUUCGUGAAGAGGCACAUAUCAUUGAAUAUCUCGGUCACCAACACUUCCACACUCCCCGUCCGGAGAUCUUCAUGCCAUUACGCGAAGGUUCUCUGACCUCGCUUAUCAAUAAAGACUCGGCUCCGUCCCAUGACGAUCUUUGCGCUGCUGUGCUGAGGCAGAUGCUCAGCGCCCUCGACUAUCUAGCAAGCGAGAACCUGAUGCACCGUGAUUGGAAGCCCGAUAACAUCCUCUACUACACUUUGCCCGAGGGUGGUUUCCAUUUCCAGCUAGCCGACUUUGGACUCGCCAAUUACCUCUUGGUAGCAAAGACGCCUUGCGGCACCGGCUACUUCCAGGCCCCCGAGCUCCGGCCCGAGACGAGCAAAGUCUUUGCGCCCCAGAGCCACAAAAUGGAUAUAUGGUCUCUCUUCGCAACAAUGGUUGCUAUCUAUACUCGAUUCAGAGAGUUUCCACCGCUCACAGUCGACUACAGUGUCAUUCUGAAAGCACUCCAAGCCAAAGCCCUGGGAUCGCGCCUCGAGCCCAUGGGGAGGCUGCAUCCAGAUCGCCGGGCAUCAGCUGCACAGAUGCUUGCCCAACUCUUCGACGGGUGGGGCUUGACAACGCCCCGAUCGAAAAUCCCUCCAUUGCUACCGCCGAAGGCUGAGACAAUCUCCCAAGUAAAUCCGUCACCAACUGCGAUGUCCGGGUCGCCAGAUGGAAAUGAUCAUAGCAAAUCUCCACAGCGGCAGAAAGCAGGCAGCCGGCCUUUGGUCGUAUAUCCACCACGCGGCACACACCCCAAACGACCAUCUCCUCACAUACCCCCAGUCGCCACGGACCAAGCAGGCGACCCUGAACAGCCCGCUGCACUGUAA